GCGCCGAAACAUCGAUCGUCCGAGAGACCCUUGGCUGGCGCCAUCUUGGAUCGAGCAGCCCUGAGAAGAACGAUCCCUAGGUGCCGAGAGUAGAUCCCAGCGGGAGACCGACAACCCCACCCCCACCCCCAAGGCGAGCCCCAGGAUCUAGGGUCUCGGCCGCCCCUGAGCCCACUCCCAAGAGAAGGCCUGGCGGCAGCCGCGGCUCUCCCCCUCUCCUCUGCCCCGCCCUGUUUCAGCUUCGCGACCACAGACGAGGACCCGGGCGCCACCGUCGAGCAUGUUUCACGGGAUCCCAGCCACCCCUGGGAUGGGAGCCCCUGGGAAUAAACCAGAGCUAUAUGAGGAAGUAAAGCUGUACAAGAAUGCCCGGGAAAGAGAGAAAUAUGACAACAUGGCAGAAUUGUUUGCUGUGGUGAAGACGAUGCAAGCCCUGGAGAAAGCAUACAUCAAGGACUGUGUCACCCCUAAUGAGUACACAGCAGCCUGUUCCCGACUUCUGGUCCAGUACAAAGCUGCCUUCAAGCAGGUGCAAGGCUCAGAAAUCAGUUCCAUUGAUGAGUUCUGCCGAAAGUUCCGUCUUGAUUGCCCACUAGCAAUGGAGAGAAUCAAGGAGGACCGACCAAUCACCAUCAAGGACGACAAGGGCAACCUCAACCGAUGUAUUGCUGACAUUGUCUCGCUCUUUAUCACUGUGAUGGAUAAACUCCGACUGGAAAUUCGUGCCAUGGAUGAGAUCCAGCCUGAUCUUCGAGAAUUAAUGGAGACCAUGAACCGCAUGAGCCACUUACCUCCUGACUUUGAGGGUCGACAGAAAGUCAGCCAGUGGCUCCAGACCUUGAGUGGUAUGUCAGCUGCAGAUGAGCUGGAUGAUUCUCAGGUCCGACAGAUGCUGUUUGAUCUGGAGUCUGCCUACAAUGCCUUCAACCGCUUUCUGCACGCCUAAACCCAGGGCUCUUGGUCCAUCCCACUCUGCUGUAGAUUGAGACCCAGGGCUGGGACCAUGGUUUACGGGGCUAGGAUCCCUGAAUUGUGGGGUAGCACCCUAGAAUAAACUGCUCAUUUCCCCCCUUU